GGUGCUGCAUGUCCUGGCCCCUCCCUUUGUAAGUAAACUGCACACAGACUCUGAGCUGGUGCGCUCCCACGGCCGCAGGAGGAGGUCCUUCAUACGCAAGAAGAGAGAGCACCUGUCCUCUAUUACUGCUGCUACUGCUCAAGGUGGACCAUAAACACUAAUACAGUAUUAGAUCUCAAGGCACUUUUAAAUUCAUGGUUUUCAGCCUCUUGUUAUACUCAGCACUUUGAGGACUUUUUGAUUCCUAUAGCCACAGACCUAUUUGUUCAUCAUUCUUAAACCCAUGGAUACACUGUGUUCAUUUGACAUUGGUCAAUAUUUAAUAUCUAAUACACCCCUUUCCACAAUGGCUUCAGAAAGAUAUACCAUUUGUCCAAAGUCUUAAACGAACACACCAAAGUUGUGUUCGUUUAAGACUAUAAGCCAUAAAAUUAAAAUGGCAAGUUUGUGGAGCCAGUCCCUAACAUAUAGUGAUAAAGUUCAACAUAUGACAAUUUGGAUAUUUUUCUAAUAGCAGUAAGUCUCCCAUGGAGUUAUACACACCCAUGUCCUCCAUUUCAAAUUAUGACUAUAUCCAAUUCUACACUCAAGCAGGAAUGCACCCUAUAUUUCUAUAAUAAUCUAGAAAUAAAAUGCACUUGUUGUCAUGCUAUUUAGGUCGGACAGGAGCGGAGCAAAGAGGAAGUGAUGAUGUUACUGUUCCCAAAGACAUAGACCUCGUGGCUUUACCUCAGCUCUGCUUCCCUGAUGGUCUUCAAGUAAUGAGUGAACCAAGAGAAGAGCAGUUUCACUUUUUAGUGUUUACAGAUGUUUUUGGGAACAAAACCUUUAGUGUUGUCAUGCAGUGUUACAAAGCUGUAGUGGAUGACUUGUCACAAUAUCCAAAUCAAAAUGGAUCUGUCUGUCCAAAGGUGUUCUCUGCCUUUAGUUUCUGUGUCAUAUCCAAGUAUCCCUUCUUCACAGCCCUGAAGGACAGUUUAUCGUGUUUCUUACCUCAGCUGAGGUCCUGUCGUGUGUCAGACCUGGAGGACAGGGUUAAGGAGUUUGCAGCUAAACUGGCUUUGGUGCCAGCGCCCCCUCCUGGACACUUACAUUUGAUGUUUUCUCUCAGACCUUUGACGAUCACUCUGCCGUCAGGUGAGGACAGGGACAGCCCUACUGUAGACCUGCAGCUGCACCUGCCGCUGCUCUGCUUCACCCCACACCAGUUACUACAGGUGCUGUCCUGUCUGCUGCAGGAGCAGCGUGUGGUGCUAUUCUCUGCAGAUUGGGCUCGUCUCACUCUGGUAGCAGAGUGUUUGCUGCUCUUUCUCUGGCCUUUGUCCUGGCAGCACCCCUAUGUCCCUGUCCUGGCCCGGAGCAUGCUGGACUUCCUCAUGGCUCCUACAGCCUUCCUCAUGGGCUGCCACAUCAGCCAUUUUGAAGAAGUUGCAUCUGAAACCGACGAUCUGGUGCUUAUUAACCUUGAUAAUGGAAGCGUGUCCACGUCCUCCUCUGAGACGGUGGAUCUGCCUGAGAUUCCCCAGUCUGCAGCUGAGUGUUUCACACAGAGGUGCCAGUCAUUACAGACUCAGUUUGACCUGAGCCAGUGCCACAGCCCGAGCUGGACUGACAUUAACGAACACAGAGCCCAGAGACGCACCUGGCAACAAAACCUCAACCACGACAUCCAGAAGAUUACUCUGGAGCUCAUCGUCAACAUUUUCAGAGAUGUCUGCAGCCAUCUUAACUAUGAACACAGAGUGUUCAACAGUGCAGAGUUUCUGAAGACAAGAGAGCCCAAUGAGCAGCUUUUUUACACUAAGGUGUUGGAGACACACAUUUUCCAUUCUUUCCUGAAAGAUCGUCUCAAUAAGAAAAUGGACAGCUUUGCUCGCAUGGAGCUCAGCACACGCUCAGAAACACAAAAGAUGAAAGCCAAAGUGGAGCUCCCUCGCAGACCCACCAUGCAGGAGAUCCAGGCUCGUAGGAGGAGCUCUGUGUCAGACCAUCAUCUGAAGAGACAGGGCAUGAGCCUGCCCAACCUGAGCGACCACCAGAGCUUCCAGAGGAACAACCUGCUCCACAAAAUCAACACCGACCUAGUAGUAUUUAAGACACCACCUAAACCUGCAAAGAUUUUCAAGCUUCCAGAUUUCCCAGCCUCCCUGUCCUUCCACUCUGUCCAAAGUUAUUACAUGGAAAUUAUUCAACAGCUCAACAAGGCAAUCUUCUCUGUGCAACAUGAGAACUCUGCUUUACUGGCAAGAUUCUACUAUUUGCGUGGCCUCAUUAACACCCUGUGCUCUCGGCGCUUGGAUGCUCUGAGUGAUUUCCAGAGCCUGUGUAAAACAGACACGGCCAUCUUCCCCACUCCUCUGGUCACAUGGCUGGUAGAUUCGCUGCAUCGCGACGAGAGGCAGCAGGCCGACCGGAGACCAGAGCUCAAACGACUCAUCCUCAAAGUAAAAACUGAAAAUGAGAAAACUCUGAAUCCUGGCAAUGACCAUGUGAAGAAAUUUGAGUUGCCCAGAAAGCCUCUCAGUCUGGAGGAGUUUGUGCGCUGUGUCCAGGAGUGUGGUAUUGUGAAAGACGUGGCCACUAUCCACCGCUUGUUCGGUGCUCUCACAGAUGGUCAAUCUAAACACGUGGACCCUGAUCUGUUUCGAGACUUUUACACUUUUUGGAAGGAAACUGAAGCUGAAGCUCAAGAUGUGAACCUGCCCUCAGAUGUGAUAGACCAGCUGGAUAACAGUGAAUGUGUCUACAAGCUCUCGUCCUGUGUGAAGACAUCGCACGGAGUUGGGAAAAUUGCAAUGACACAAAAACGCCUUUUCCUGUUGCCCGAGGGCCGAGCAAACUUCCUGGAAAUAACCAAAUUUAGAGACAUCCAGGAAGUCAAGGUUUCUUCUGCCCCGGUCCUUCUCCUGCGGAUCCCGUCUCUCCGUAUAAAGUGCAGCAGCAGACCUGAGGUGUUCGAGGCCAAUCUGAAAACAGAGACUGAGCUGUGGAACCUUAUAGUGAAGGAGAUGUGGACAGGACGCAAGAUGGCCGACCAACACAAGGAUCCCCAGUACAUGAACCAAGCUCUGACCAAUGUCCUGCUGAUGGAUGCUGUGGUCGGCUCCCUGCAAACCCAGAAGUCCAUCUCUGCUGCCUCCAAACUCGCCUAUUUCGAUAAACUCUAUCAUGAUGUUCCUAUGAUGGUUCCCAAAGUGACUUCCGAGACUCUAAAACAUAAGAUCAACCCGUCCCAGGACCUCCCUGAGCCCCAGACUGUACACGUGCUUCUCUAUACUCCAGGCCAGUUGACGUGCAGUGACUCUGGCAGUGAGAUGAACCCUAAGCUGUGGGUGGCUUUGAGCGGAGGCCGGGUGGUUGUGUUCGACGCCACCAGCUGGUCCAUUCUGCAGGACUGUAUUAUGGUGGGGGAGUCACAGCUGAAUUGCAUGCUGGGAUUGGUGCAGGAGCAGGUGUGGAUCGGCUCUGUGGACUCUGUGAUCUACAUCAUUGACACUCACAGUAUGUCAUGUAACAAGCAGCUGACUGAACACAGACACGAGGUGACUGGGCUCGCAGUGGACACACGUGAGCACAAAAGUCAGGUGACGUACUCAUGCAGCUGUGAUGGCACUAUUCUGCUCUGGGACUCUCUCAGCCUCAAAGUGAAGCGUCAGUUUUACCUGAGCUGCUCCAGACUCUCCUCCAUUCAGAUCCAUGACGGCUCACUGUGGUGUGGUUGUGUGGACAGUAUUGUUGAACUGAAAAAGAGUGGGACUCCACAAAGGAGGAUUGUACUUCCUGAUGACGUCCGGAGCUCUAACUUCAGCUGUUUCAUUGUGAUGCUUGAGCAGGGACAGUUGUGGACCGGCUGUGCAGAUUCUGGAGACCUGUUUGUCUUUAGUAUAAACAACCGACGCUCCUCAAAGAGAAUCACACUCUCUGGAAGUUCAGGGGUCAAGUGUAUGAUCCAAGUCAAGAACCAGAUCUGGGUGGGGUGCCGUGCUGACAGUGGAGGUGAUGGUGACGGUCAGGGGAGGGGCCAGGUGAUGGUGCUGGACUCAGAGACACAUGAGGUGGACAAAGAGCUGCAGGCGCACACAGACAGCACCCAGACCCUGUGCUCUGCAGAGGACCGCUAUGUGCUGAGCGGAUCAUCCAAGGGGGAUGGCAAGAUUGCAAUCUGGAAAGUCGAGUGAAGCUAUGGACAUCUGUGGCUUUUCAUUAGAUUCUGAAAAGACUCUAGACCUACACUACAUGACUGGACUUAAAACUAAGCGAAGCUAAGUACCGUAUGCACAAAUGCGCACAACAAACAAAAUGAAGUCUCUCUACAAUGAUCAAUUGUCCCAAAAAAUCUAUUUAGAUUCAUUUUUGAACAUUAAAAUCAUUAUGUCGUCUUUAUGGGCCAGAUCUGGAGUCAAACUGAACUGAAUUAUGAAUUGACUGAAUUCAGUGUAAACUUGAUUUCUACUGUUGGUAUUGAUUGUUUAGUUUAGGGGGAUAAAAAUUGUUUGCAGACUACAUCUUUUAUUAGGACUUGGAAGAACAAGAAGAAACGACUUCUGUUUUGCAAGUUAUUUAAUUCUCAGUACAAUACCAACCAACCAAUAUAGGACAUUUUUAUUGAUAGUGACAAAUCUGUUUUUUGACAGGAAAUACACUUUUAAACGUUGUUCAGUCAGACUGGGUGGAUGUUUGUCACUAAUCCAUUUGUUGUACUUGAGUUUGAAUGGAAAUUAUUAAUUUAUUUAUUAUCAUUAAAUUACAACAACAUA